UGUAAGGGCUACAGAGAGGCGUAAGACUCAGUCCACAGCACGGAGAAGCUCACGCUUACUGGAUGGGACGUGCAGGAGUGAGUCGGCGUGGAGUGCUUUGGGAGAACAGGAGGACGGCUCCCGUUCCGGGCGCGACAAAGCGGUGGCCAAGCCCGGCCCGGCCAGCGCCCGCCAGCCGAGGGCCGCGGGCCAGGAGAAGACGAAGGGCAGAGCGACGGCGUCUCUGAGGAUGGACCCGCACGGCCGCGCUGGCAGGAGCAGGAAGUCCGCGAAACUGCGGUCUGUCUCCCGCUCCCUGAUGCUCUGCCACGCUAAGACCAGCGACGACGGCUCGAGCCCCGACGAGAAGUACCCCGAUCCCUUUGAGAAGCCCCUGGGCCAGGGCAGGGAGCGGAUUUUCCACUCGUCGGUGCAGCUGGCGGACACAUCGGAGGCCGGGCCCGGCAGCCUUCCUGACCUAACGCCGGCCUCGGAGGCGGCUCAGCUCCACGCCGCUGGGGGCGAUCGAGGCAAGAACUGUAGGAGGAUGUUGUUCCUGAAGGAAACUUCCACAACUUCUUCUCGAGAAAAGUCUGGGAAAGUAGAACCGCAAAGUAGUAACUGCCAGCUUCCCAAAGCCUGUCACCAAAGGACACGCAGCAACUCGACCAGUGUUAAUCCCUACUGCACAGGGGAGAUCGACUUUCACACGAUAAAGAGCUCUGCGGCCUGCACGGACAGGCAGCCUUACCCCCUGUGUGGCAGCCGGAAGUCCCUCUCUCAGCAGCUGGACUGCCCAGCGGGAAAGUCUGCGGGCAGCUCGAGACCCACCCGGUCGCUCAGCACAGCUCAGCUGGCACAGCCCUCGGGGGGCCUCCAGGCUUCCGUCAUCUCCAACAUCGUGCUGAUGAAGGGCCAGGCCAAGGGCCUGGGCUUCAGCAUCGUUGGGGGAAGGGACAGCAUUUACGGCCCCAUCGGAAUUUACGUCAAAACCAUCUUUGCGGGGGGAGCGGCAGCAGCGGACGGACGGCUGCAAGAAGGGGAUGAAAUUCUGGAGCUCAACGGAGAAUCGAUGGCCGGACUAACACACCAGGACGCCCUGCGCAAGUUCAAGCAAGCCAAAAAGGGGCUCCUGACCCUCACCGUGAGAACGCGCCUGACGGCGCCCCACUCGCCGAGCAGCCACCUGUCGCCCCCGCUGUGCCGCUCCCUGAGCUCCAGCACCUGUGCCACCAAGGACAGCGGGUCCUUCGGCUUGGGGAGCCCCGCCGCCCCCCCCAGCACGGCCAAGCCCAACUACAGAGUCAUGGUGGAGGUCUCUCUGCAGAAAGAGGCUGGCGUCGGUCUGGGCAUCGGCCUGUGCAGUGUGCCCUAUUUCCAGUGCAUCUCCGGCAUUUUCGUUCACACGCUCUCUCCGGGGUCUGUGGCACACUUGGAUGGACGGCUCUGGUGUGGGGACGAGAUCGUGGAAAUCAAUGACUCCCCUGUGCACUGCCUGACGCUCAACGAAGUCUACGCGAUCCUGAGUCACUGCAGUCCUGGGCCCGUCCCCAUCAUCGUCAGCCGGCAUCCAGACCCACAGGUGUCUGAAAUGCAACUCAAAGAAGCUGUGGCCCAGGCUGUGGAGAAUGUCAAGUUUGGAAAGGAGAGGCAUCAGUGGAGCCUGGAAGGUGUCCCGAGGCUGGAGAGCAGCUGGCAUGGGCGGCCGACCUUGGAGAAGGAGAGAGAGAGGAACUCAGCAGCCCCUAAUCGCAGGGCUCAGAAGGUCAUGAUCCGUUCCAGCAGCGACAGCAGCUAUGUGUCCGGGUCCCCCGGGGGAAGCCCCGUCAGCGGCAGCGAGCAGCAGCCUUCCGACCCGGAAGUCCACACGCCCAGCCCGAGCCUGUCCCCAGUGCAGGAGCCGGGGACGCUUCCCGUGGCUCCGUCCCGGCCGCCCCAGGAGAGCCCGCCCCGCCCUGGGUUCCCGCACAGCCACCCACCGCUGAGACUGAAGAAAUCCUUCGAGAUUUUGGUGAGAAAACCCACGACCUCCAAGCCCAAGCCUCCGCCCAGAAAAUACUUUAAAAGUGACAGCGACCCUCAGAAGAGUCUGGAAGAGAGAGAGAACUCCCCAUGCCCUUCUGGGCCCACUUUGCCGGCGUGUGGCCAGGAAGCCAGCCGGCUGCCGCCAGCGCCUCGGCCGCCAGGGCAGGAAGACACGGCGGGGAGAGCCCCCCGCGCCCUCGCCUGCUGCCAGGGGCCCGUGGCGGGCCCAUCCUCGGAGGCCGAGCCGGGGAGGAGAGGAGCCAGCCCAGGGGUCCCAACGUCCCCGGUGAAACACCCGCUCCUCAAGAGGCAGGCCCGGAUGGACUAUAGCCUCGACAUCGCGGCCGAAGAGCCCUGGGUGAGAAUUUCCGACUGCAUCAAGAACCUGUUCAGCCCCAUCAUGAGUGACGGCCACGGCCACAGGCCGCUGCAGCCCGGUGCCAGUCUGGGCGAAGAAGACAGGGUGCAGGGCCGCCCAGACGGGACCCCGCCGGAGCCGGGCGCCACCGGGGCUGCCCCCAAGGUCUGCAAGUCGGUGGACAGCGGCACCGUGAAGAAGGGUCCUCCCGUGGCCCCCAAGCCGGCCUGGUUCCGCCACAGCUUGAAGAGUCUGAGGACGCGUGCCGCAGACCCGAGGCGGCCGCCCGACCUGGCCUCCCCCGCCCAGCCGGCACCUGCUUCCAGGGAGCGCCCCCCGGGGCCGCCCACGCGGGCCUUCUCCUCCAUCAGGCAGAGAAUCAGCUCUUUUGAGACCUUCGGCUCCUGUCAGCUGCCCAGCAGAGGAGCCCAGAGAACGAGCCUCGAGGCCUCCGUCGGGGAGGCAGCACGGCCCCCGGGGGAGCGAGAGGGAGGUGGGCUUUCUGGCCUCUCGGGGCGAGGGGCCGCCCCCACCUCCGAGCAGCAGCAGCAGCCAGAGCGAGAGCAGGUGCCGCAGGGCCCCCCCACCCACCCCGAGCCCGGGGACCCGGGCGCGUCGGGGUCCCCUCUCCCGGGACGGCAGUCCAGCCAGAAAGCCCCCCUCCCCGACCCCGACCCUCUCCUGAGGCUGCUGCCGACACACGCGGAGGAACCCCGAGGCCCGGUGGUCAAGGUGCCCGGCCAGCGGGCACGAAGCUUCCCGCUGUCCAGGACCCAGUCCUGCGAGGUGAAGCCGCCGGGCGAGAAGACCAGUCAGCUCUACUCCAUCAGUAGCCGGGUGUCGUCGGCUGUCAUGAAGUCCUUGCUGUGCCUCCCGUCCUCUGUCUCCUGGGGCCAGGCUGCCUGCACCCCCACGGACGGGGGCUGUCCCGCGCCGUCGGCCAGCGACGCCCCGGCCGCGAGCAGUGCUGCAGAACCGCCUGCCUCGGACACGGGGUUCUCCCUCAACCUUUCAGAGCUGAGAGAGUACACGGAGGGGCUCGGGGAGCCCACGGAAGCCGACAGCCGGGACCACUGCUCCCCUCAGUCUGGCCAAUCGGUUAUCUCUCUGCUGAGCGCCGAGGAAUUAAAGAAGCUCAUCGAGGAAGUGAAGGUUCUGGAUGAAGCGACCUUAAAGGUAGGCUUUCUUUGCAAGCGCCCACAGGGACCAAGGCCGUACUCCGAGCCGCGGCCAGAGCGGGGUCGGAGCCCGUGGGGGCGGGACAGGGCCUCACUGGACCCCCGAGACUCGACCCGCCACUCGAACGGAGCUUGGUGGCUUCUAAAGUGCUUGCGAUCAUUGGCUCCUUGCAUCUUUUGAGCCAUUUUAUAAAGGAGCCAGGUGAGCUCAGCUCAAGGUCACAGAGGUUUUCUGCCCCCAAGUUCUGUGCCUCGUGCACAUCCCACGGCCUGCCGGCCUGGCGUUCAGGUCCAGGAGAUGCUUCAGGGCACCGUGCUGUUGUAAGCCGUGGGAAUUUCUGAGCUCUGACCCUGGAGACCUCCCCUGCCCACCGAGAGAGGGGGCUCCUUCCAGGGCUUGUGAGGCCCCGCCCCCAAAGUCACUCAAGUCAUUGCGAAAGUGCCACUUCCCUUAGGCUUCUGAGCACAACCGCAAGAUGUGUGGAGAGGAAGUGGCCGGGCAGAGCUGAGGUCCGCUCAGCUCAGGCGCUCAAGGGCUUGCCCCCUCCUGCGUUGCCCCAGAUCUGCAAAGGCUUUCCGCACCAGAAUCAUCCAAGAUUCUGCAACGAUUAGGGAGGCAUCAUAGUCGGAAUUCUCCAGGUCAAGGGUGUGGCUUAGCCUGAGCCGCACAAGACGCCCUGGGCUACGACUCACCCAUCACCCGUAGUACCCUGGCACCAUGGUCCCCCGGGGCUUUAUUCACACGAAAUAGCUCAGGGAAAAGUGUGUAGAACACAGAGAGCUGUCUUGUGCAGGGUGUCACCGGGAGACCAUUUGCUUUUCUGCCGGACGAGGGCCCCUUACAGGGCCAGUAACCUGAUAACUUGGGUCAAAGUGGGGAGAUGUGGGCCAGUGCUGGGGUGGAGGUGGGUGGUGAGAUCCCUUCAUCCCUCUGGGUCUUGGGGGCUCCACACCCAAGGGUCACAGAGUCAGCUGCACGACAGGUGCCCCGGUGGUGCCAGAGCGAGUGAAUUCUUCACGUGAGGUCGUUCCCUCACAGCGACGGCCAACUCGUGGGCCAGGAGCCACGUGCAAGCGCAGGUGUAUUUUCGUUGAUCUGCGUGGGGAUGUUAUAAAUCAUCAUAGUCUGAAUAUUCUGAAACCUGAACUGAUACCUGGUUGUCCGGCUUCUCUCUUUGCUUAAAGGGACCGGUCGGGUAGCGCUGGGUCUACGCGGCCACGCAGCAGGUUCCUUUGGGCGGGGGGACGUGCUGCCUGGUCCUCGGCAGUUCCCGUCACCCCUAAAUCUCUCACGUCUGCACAGUUUGCUCCUGUAAGCGGUCUGCCCGGCCCCCAGUAUGCAUUUCAGCUUGGGGCCUCGGGUCAAGACCAGAAGGAGCUUCUCUGAUUCCAGACAGCGCAGGAGGAUUGUUUUGGCUCCUGUGAGCCCACGUGCAGGCCGGAAGCAUGUGUGUGCGUGGGCGUGCGUGUGUGCGUGGGCGCGCGUGUGUGCGUGGGCUCUUGUGGGGGGGCACGUGUGUGUGCGCGCGCGUGUGUGCGCGGGCUCUUAGGGGCGCGCGUGUGUGCGUGGGCGCGCGCGUGUGUGGGCUCUUGUGGGUGCGCGUGUGUGCGUGGGUGCACGUGUGUAUGGGCUCUUGUGGGCGCGCGUGUGUGCGUCAGCGGGCGUGGGCGCGCGUGUGCGUGGGCUCUUGUGCACGCGCAUGUGUAUGGGCUCUUGUGGGUGUGUGCGUGGGCUCUUGUGGGCGUGCGUGUGUGGGUGGGCUCUUGGGGCGCACGUGUGUGUGGGCACGCGUGUGUACGUGGGCUCCUGUGGGCGCGUGUGCGUGCAGGGGUGCGCGUGUGCGUGGGCUCUUGUGGGCGCGCGUGUGUGCGUGGGUGCGUGUGUAUAUGGGUUCUUAUGGGCGCGCGUGUGUGCGUCGGCGUGCGUGUGCGUGGACGCGCGUGUGCGUGGGCUCUUGUGCGCGCGCAUGUGUAUGGGCUCUUGCGGGUGUGUGCGCGUGGGCUCUUGUGGGCGCGUGUGUGUGCGUGGGCGUGCGCGUGCGCUGCAGCCGGGAGUCCGCUGGGCUCUUUCCUGUGCUGCUCUACCCCCAGGAGGAGCAGGAAGAGAGAAGGAGCAAGCGCUCCCUGCAGAACAGCCGUGACCCCUGGGGUUGCCAGUGUCCCAGGGGCCGGCCUCGCCCCACGCUGCAGUGGUAGAGCUGCGUCACCCCACACGCUGGGUUUCCCCGACUUAGUGGCGCCUGGCCGGGUUGGAACAGGUGUGGGUGAGGGCGGGGCGGCCAGGGGAGGAGACGGGAACUGCACCUGACAUACACACUUUUUCUCUUCUAAGCUUCCUAGGACUCCAGAAAGCACAGUCCUCUCUGUCCACAUGAUGGAACAGGUUUGAGGAGGUGACAUCACUUGGCACGUGGCCAAGCCCCAUGGGGCUCGAGAUCAAAUCAGCCCGAGGUCCCACGCUGGUUAAACUGCUCAGGCUGGCGCGGCGGACGUUUUAAACGU